UCCAUUCUGCUACACUACUAGAGGGUGACGGUCGGUCGCUCGCUGCCAGUGUUGAUUGACAGAGGCCAUCUCUCGGCGAAGUGAGACGUGUUUUUUUUUUGUGUUGCUCAACCGAAGAAAAGUAAAAUAAAUUUGCGUGAUUUAUCGAAGGUGUGUGGAAAAUUCGCAUUUUUCCGCCGGUACCAGGAAGGAAUAUCUGCACCAACGUAGUGCGGUUUCGAAUAUUUUCGGUGGUUCUAAAAACAGAAGGAAGGCAUUGGUUUUUGGGGAUACACACAGAGAGUGUGCCUGGUGUGGAUUGGUUCCCCCCGUCCCAGUUUAUGGCGAAUGUGAAUUUUUCUUGAAUUCGAAAUCUACCGACUCCGGGGCCUCUGCCCGUGUGUGUGUGUAUAUUUUCGUGAAGAGUGAACCGUGAAUUGCGCACGUGCCCGUGUGUGAGUGUGUCUGCUCACGGUAAAGACGAAUAAGCCGAGAAAGAAAAAUAAAAGAAUAAUAUAUGUACACCGGAGUGGAGCGAUAGGCAGGCUAUUUGAAAAAAAAAGCGAAGAAGUGGAAAAAGUUGUGGAUUUCUCGUUUCGUUUUCCGAUCGGCACAUUUUUGUGAUUGGAAUUUCGUAUUUAUCUCUAUUUCGCGCAGUUCAUGUGAUUUUAUUUUUCUUGUGCGUUUCGCAGCUUCGGCCAGUUUGGGGGAAAGUUUUUCCUAGCAGCCAGCCAAAACACGGUGUGUGUGAAAAUUGGAAUCGAUAUACAACCGAAGGAAAAUAGAGGUGUGAGCGGAGAGAAAGUGUAAAUAAUAGCCGGAGUAGAAAAAAAAACGUGGAAAAUUAAGAAAACAAAAUUUGCGAAAACAAACAAAAAUACACGUUGGGAAGUUCGCAGCAUCACCCAGGGUCCAUCCAGCAGUUACAGCAGGUUGUGCUGUUUUUGCAAAGUUCCGUGCGGUGAACGAGAGAAAAGGAGAGAGAGAGAGAGAGGGACCGUCUAGGGAGGAGGAUUCGGUAGUAACUAGGAGGUACUACUCAACUUGCAGCAGCGACACAGCGCGCAAUAAUAUUUCCGGAGGGGAGCGUCCAAAAGCUAAUGUUUAAAUGGACGCAACAUCCAUCAUUACGCAAGUAUCGCGCGAUGACGAGCAGCAACUGAAUAGUAGCUAUCCAGGCGAAAAAGUGAACAAUGUAGAUAGGCUAAAACCCCCCAAACGGGGCUUCUUCGAGACGAUAUUCUGCUGCUGGCGGAAUGCGCGGACGAAAAGCAAUCAAAAUGGGACCCCCAUCGAUGGUUCGAUCACGCCCCCGCCAAUCCAGGGCCAGCCCCGGUAUCUGCUGCCACAGAUGCGACACUCGGAUAUGCACAGAAAGUGCAUGGUGAUAGACUUAGACGAAACACUAGUGCAUAGCAGUUUUAAGCCAAUUCCAAACGCCGAUUUCAUAGUGCCAGUUGAAAUAGACGGAACCGUGCACCAGGUGUACGUUCUGAAGCGACCGCACGUCGACGAGUUCCUGAAGAAGAUGGGCGAGCUGUACGAGUGCGUGCUGUUUACGGCGUCGCUGGCCAAGUAUGCUGACCCUGUGGCGGACCUGUUGGAUCAGUGGAACGUGUUUCGGGCGCGGUUAUUUCGCGAAUCGUGCGUCUAUCACAUGGGCAACUAUGUGAAGGAUCUGAACAAACUAGGGAGAGAUUUACAAAAGAUAGUUAUUGUUGAUAAUUCACCUGCUAGUUAUAUUUUCCAUCCGGACAACGCUGUGCCAGUGAAAUCAUGGUUCGACGACACUAGUGAUUCGGAACUGUUAGAUCUAAUACCGUUGUUUGAGAAGCUGAGUAAGGUCGACUCUGUAUAUACCGUAUUAUGUAACUCCAGUUCGCAGUCCCAGCUGCAGGCGUCGCUACAGCAGCUGCAACAUCAAUCCAGCCAGAAUCAUCUGCUCCCAAGCCAGCAACAGCAGCAGCAGCAACAACAACAAUCACAGUCCAAUUCGACCGAUGUAAACAACACGUAACAUUGGCAACGAAUGUUUGUCAAAAUUAUAUGAUUAAUUUAAAACAGAAAAAAAAAAAUAACAGAAAACAGUUUUUAUCAGUUGUUUAUUAUUAAUAUUAUUAUUUUAAAAAAUGUUUUAAAUUAAAUAAAACUUAUUUAAUAGGCCCCGCAAAUUAGGUUUUUUUUUCGAAAAUGGCAAAGCGAUUUAUGUGCAACAAAUUAUUUGUGAAAAGCUAGGAGAUUUUACAAAACAAAAAACAAAUUGAUAAUUACCCAUUUUAUUAGGCAAAAUCGAAUCGGGAAACAAAUUAAUUUAUAUACCACGAGAUAGUAGUAUAUGUAUGUAUGCAAUGCAUGAUUUUGAGGUAAAAAGAAAAAUAAAUAAGCUACGCUUUCUGCUUACUUUUUGGGGACAUCUACACUGUAUUGUUUGGUUUCUGUAAUACACUGCCUCUCGAGAAGAACACAGGUUAAGCAAAAAGGAGUGGAGCAGUGUUGGGCGAAUGUAGUCGGCGAUGAUGAUGAUGCCAACCGUGGUGAACAGCGAUUGGCGCGCUACGAUGAGUAAUCAAACGGUGGAAGACAAAUAGAGUUAGCGCGAUCAGAUAGCGAUAGGGAACAAUGUAUAUCAUCGUACAUAUCACCACUUCGUUUAUACACCAAACAAACAGACACACACACACAUACAUACAGCACAUCCGUUACUAAAGUGGCUGAAAUUGUUGUGUGUUGAGUAGAGGAUAGAAGGGAAUUAAAUAGGUUUUCUGCAAGUUGUUGUACCGAAUUGUAGGAUUAGUGCAAAGACAGGGACAGCAAAGCCGUUUGAUGAACGAUCGUAGCGUGCGUAACGUUCUUUGUAGGGUUGGCACUUGGUAGGAACGUGAGAAAGUGAAUGAAGUCAUUUAUUUACGGUGCUUUUUUGUUGGUGGAAAACUCUGAUGAAACAGUCAUUUUUUAGACGUUUCUUCGGUUAUUCUGAUAGUUAACCGAACGUUGGAACCCUUUAGGUAGUAGGGGAAUUUACGUAUUCUCGGCAACCUAAGCAGCGACCUUCUUUCUAUAGCCUUUUUCUCUAUGGAACGCACACAUACUCAGUAUUGGUUUGUUUACAAUCUUUUGCUGCCAGCUGCUCUAACAAUUUCAGUCAAAAGA